UGAGGUCACUUGGUUAUUCCUGCACAACAUUAUCUGGACACGGAUAUUUAUUUAUUUGUUCCAUUUUUUCAUGGAGGCAGAUUGAUGGCGAUGGAGGUACCUGUUUUCUGCCGUCCUGCAAUGCAAGUGAAACUGCCUGCUGCUGCGCUGAUCAACAACUCCCUGACCAAAUCUGGGCAGCUUGGGACUGCAUUGUUUGGUGCCAUUUCAAAAUACAGAAACAUUUCAAGAUUCAUUUCUCUCAUCUCUCAAACAUCUACGAAGAACAUAGGUCCAUGUUGUAGCUUCAGCUCGUCUUCUGAUGGUAAUGGAUACAUGGCUGGAAACUCUAGCGAGAGUGAUGAAGACUAUGUUAAUUCUACUGUGCUAGAAGCAGUUGAGGUGAGAAGUGGGUCAGAAGGAUAUGUGAUAAAGAUGCGAGAUGGAAAGAACUUGUGUUGUGUCCAUAGUAAUUUUCAAGGGAGAAAUAUUCCAGAGAGUGCACCACAACCUGCUAUUGUUUUGAGGAUUGAAGAUGGAAGCAGAACUUUACUCCUAAUCAUUGUUUGUACGUAA